UGAAAAGAAGAAUCGUUACCAUCAGGUCAGAACUGCAGGAGACUUGGCUGAAAAGAAGAAUCGUCCUGAAGCUGCAAACAGUAGUUCUCCUGGCUACAACUCUGAUCCUGGAUGAAUGAGAAUCUUCAGAGACAAGCAUCACAACUCGAGAUGAACAUGAAUGAAAUUAAGGAAGAGGGCAUUUAUGACUUUCUACCAGAGCCUUUGUCUACAGACACAAAACAUAGUGGGACUUGGACACCGGCUUUCAAAGAAGAAUCAUGUUUAUCACAUGAACUUGAAGAUGGGGAGAGGUUAAAUGGUGUUGAGAGCACUCCUACAAUUCUGCCAUCAACUCCAUCACAACAGGCAGCACCUUUGAAGGUGAUUAAAGAAGAAGACAUUGAUGAUUUCCUCCCAGAGUAUUUGUACAGAACAAAGGAAGAAGAGAAUGUAACUGGCACCCCGUACAUGAAGGAAGAAGACCUGGACAUGAAACAGGAAACAGAGUCUUCAGUAAUGGAAUACAAUGGAGACGUGGGCCCAGGAGGUGAAGACCAGGCAUAUCAUACUAGCACAGACCAACACCACUUUACCACAUGUGAAAAGAGCUUUGAAACAAAACACUAUUUAGCAAAGCACCAGCGAACCCAUGCAGCGGGAAAUCCAUGGGUAUGUUCAACGUGUGGGAAAGGAUUUGCAGUAAAGGGUUAUCUCGACAGGCACCAGAGAACCCAUACUGGAGAAAGACCUUACCAGUGUGCUUUGUGUGGAAAAAGCUUCACACAGAAAGAUACCCUCAUCACCCAUCAGAGAACCCAUACUGGGGAAAGGCCUUACCAGUGUUCUAUGUGUGGAAAAGGCUUCACACAGAGAAGUACCCUCAUCGCCCAUCAGAGAAUCCAUACCGGAGAAAGACCUUACCAGUGUGCCACAUGUGGAAAAGAAUUUGCAACAAAAAGUGCCGUCAUCAGGCAUCAGAGAAUCCAUACCAGAGAAUGGUAUGAGAAGGAGAUAAGUCAGGCCCGUUGUUUUCCGGUAUCCCGUUGACGUCAGGUGAACGCCCCUUUAGGAGACCAUCCGAGUUUGAGAGUGAAUUACGCCUCUAGAGUGCAUUUGUGGGAUUGAAUCCUUGGAUGACAGUUCAGAUUUCGGAUGUCAAAAUGCAAAUUGACGUGUGUCCUCCUCGACACUUCCACCUUGAAAUGCUCUUAUGGAAAUAAAACAAA